GUGGAAGAACCUCCCCGAGUUGGAUGCGAUAUGUAGGGUCUCUCAACAGUGAUUCACGAUAGUAUGCAUUCAGCGCGUCCGCACACCUGCAAACGCAGGGUACACGCAUAACAAGACAUGUGGUCAUCCACGACAGGUCGAAGUAUGCUACAAUAUGGGGUAGAGCUACUAACACAACGGUUGUACAAAAUUGGGUAGACAAUAAUAAUCUCGAGCGGGAAACGAGUAAACGAGACCAUGUACGAAGGCAGCCUGCCAGGCAAACAUAGAGCAAGUCAACGACCAGUUCGGAUUCAUGUAGUGUUGCUUUCACCUCUGUUCCUCUUGCUUCCCUUGCGUGGUUUGCGGGACGAACUGCUCCGAGUCCUGGUAGUCUUCGUCGUUGAGCUUGUCGCAGUCACCGCCACCCUUGUUACCGCCGGAUGGAGAGUACUCGGUGUCGUCAGCAGCCAGAGCGAUAGGGGCCUUGUGAAUUGUGUGCUGCAAGGACUUCCCCAGGAAUUCCUGACGGCGUAUCUUGAUGUUCCUUCAGACCCGCCCGCGUUCGCCAUCGUGGUCCUCGAGGGGCCGCUUGCUACGGCGCUCCAUGGCACCCAAGCCAUCGUCCAAGCCCCAGUCGCGGGCACCUUGAUCGCCUACGUCGUCGUUGUAGAAUUCGAGACCGGGUGUCUGCCGUUCUUUGCACGCCUUUCUGGGCCCAACGCGAGGCGAAGUUCGGCGGUGCUGAGUGCACACGCACGAAGCUGGGCGAUGAUGUGAGGGAGCGGAUUUCGCACGUCCGGUUUUUCUUUCUCCGCGCGGUCAGUGGGAGUCAGUCUGUCAGCAGCUGCGUAGCGAGCGUUCCCGUAGUGCGCUUGUUUGGAAGAUAUACACCGAGUAUUGAUGACAGCUUCUGUCCACCUUCGCACGAAGGC